AUGCACAACGCUAUCAACGAGUCUUACCUUGGUGAGCGUUACUCUGAGUGGUCACUUGACUCUGACUCUACAAUUGAGACGCCGAAUAAGAAUCAGGCACCAUGGGGACUUGAGAAUAUCUCGCCAAUCUUUCGCGCAUAUGAGAACUCUAUUUGGCAAAAUCAUGUUGCGGCCAUGUGGAGUCAUUUGGAGGCGAGGUAUAAUAUCACCUCGAAUGACAGCUGUGGCACUCACGUGCAUAUUUCUCUUAUUGAGGGAUACUCUCUUUCUGCCCUCAAGCGGAUUUGCCAGUCAAUUAUUUACUUUGAACCUGCUUUUGAAGCAAUCCUCCCAAGGGCGCGCCUUGGAAAUGAGUACGCAAGAAGCAAUUGGCUUGAUAACCCCAACUUUGGAUACAAGCGCUUAUCCCGACGGGAAAGCAUGGUUGUCAUUGAGAAAUGUACAAGUGUCCGGGAGCUUGUACUACUGACCCCAACCACGAUAAGUUCUUUGGGUGGAAUUUCCUCUAUCUCCUUGAAACCCCUAAAGGAACCAUUGAAUUUCGUCGUGGUGCAGCAAGCACGUCUAUCCGCGAUGUCUUUAUACAAGAUUUCAAAGAUCCCCGCUACAGUUGGAGGGUUGAAGUGGUUUAUUGAAGCCGCACAGCUCCCACAGCAACCAGGCUUGUUUGACACCAGGUAUAUAAACCUGUUACUUGACAGCGUGGGUCCUAAAUUGACUCGGGAGCCGAAGCCUAUGGGGAAACUCUCCCCAGACAAACUUCGCAAGUUACAGACGAAGAAAGAUGAGGACAAGAGGAAGAACGUUAUGUUGGCAAAGAUAUCACAGCCUCCAUACUGGGGAUAG